GGACUCGGACUUCCACCACCUGAGCUUUCCUCGGCUCCUACGAAGGACUUGCGGGAAUUGUCUAGCACGCCUGUGCCGCAACGCCAACGGUCACCAUGAACUCCGCGUUCGUCGCCCUUCUCCUGUGCGCCUGCGCCGCCGUCGUCCUGGCUGGCGACUUCGGUCAUAGCUUCGGCGGCUUCGGCGGCUACGGAGGAUUCGACGAAGGCCACAGCUACGGCUACCACAAGACCGUUCCAGGCCCCUCGUUCCUGGUCAAGACUGUGCACCACGUCAACAAGCUCCACCAGGGCGCCCACCUCGUCGGCGGACACUACGGACACGGCGGAUACGGAGGCGGAUAUGGGGGCGGCUUCGGCUUCGGUGGCUUCAAGCACUGAGCCCGGCCACGGCUCUGCGGGACUCGGACGCGACUGUCCUCUCCGGUCCCAAGAGAGGCUUCCGCGCGCCCGUCCCGCAAGCGUGUGAUUCGGCGAGCUUCAGGGAUUUUUCCGCCGCGGUCGCUGUGCUGUCACGGGGCGUAAUUGUGUAUACGCGCGUUUUAUCGCGUCUCCGGACGGCUAUGGCGAUUCUGCGUGGCGAACACGCUCCUGACGAAGGUUCACGUGAAGAACAGGACGUUACCAUUCUUCGAUGCUCUCGGUCGCACCCAGAAAGCAAAACAGGACGAAAACAACUGUGAACCUUUGAAUAAAAGCCGCAGGGGCGUGAUCUUUCUUUUUUUCA